UGCCCCUAGCAGGCUCUUUGCGCGGGGCUCUCGAGUGCGUUUGGACCCCAGCUUCUGGGACAUAUCAGGAGAAGGGCGCACUGGCUUUUCCUUUAUCAGGCCAAAGAUGCCUCUCUUUGGGAACACAUUUAGUCCGAAAAAGACACCUCCUCGGAAGUCUGCUUCUCUCUCCAACCUGCAUUCUCUGGAUCGGUCAACUCGGGAGGUGGAGCUGGGCCUUGACUAUGGAACCCCCACUAUGAACCUGGCUGGGCAAAGCCUGAAGUUUGAAAAUGGCCAAUGGAUAGCAGAGACAGGGAUUAGUGGAGGUGUGGACCGGAGGGAGGCUCAGCGCCUUCGCAGGCGGAACCAGCAACUUGAAGAAGAGAACAAUCUCUUGCGGCUGAAAGUGGACAUCCUACUAGACAUGCUUUCAGAGACCACUGCUGAGUCCCAUUUAAUGGAGAAGGAAUUGGAUGAACUGAAGAGUGUCAGCCGGAGGAGAAAAUGAAGACCUCAGAGACUGUCGUUAGGAGAGCAGGGACAAAAAGGGACAAAGUCACUAAUUGGGGAAGUCUAGGAUGUGGCUGAGCAAGGGUUUUUUUGUUGUUUUUUUUUAAAGCCAAACUAGUGUAUUAGGUCCUGUGAGAGAGCGUCACCUCACCCUGGGUUGCCAGUAGGAAGGUGCGUGUGAUGAAGGAGACCAAGAUUCCAGGCCAGGCCAGAGUGGUGACUAGCAAGGUGCUCCAGGCGCAUAGCCUCAGGAUGCCAGGCUGUAAACCAGACCUCGGGGAGCCUUUGGGUGCUCUCUACAUACAUAAGCAGACAAGUGCACAUGUUCCAGGAUCACUCCACUGGACACUGUUUGGGAUGGGCAGCUGAGUUCAUCAUCUUAUGCCUUUACCUGGUGUUUGGGGUAAGGCACCAGUUCUACAGAGCCCUGUUUGAGGGGUUCUCAGGUGAGUGGCUCUUUUGGUUCUCUGGCUCUCAGGCCACUCUCCCUGCCUUGAAAGAAUAUUUAUUUCCCAAAUCCACGACCCUCUUUGACUUCAGCUUCCCACCAGCAAACACCAGCCUUCCGUGGCAACAAGGUAUUUUUGUGCUCCUUUUCUAUGUACACUACUAUUUUAUUAAAUGAUGUUAAAUAAUCUGUGGCUAAAAUGACUGAAAAAGAAACAUGAGUUC